AAUCAUAGCGGGAUUUGUGCUACUGAUUAGGGACCCAUAAAGGGAAAUGAAAUGUUCUGGGAGAAAUUUCAAAAACCCAAAGUCAUUCAAAUUUAAGGUUUUGAAAUGUUUCAUCGAUAAGUUUUCUCAUGUCUCUUUUUCGCCAAACGUCAGCCAUUAAAUUUGUGCGAUGAAAUGUUUCCACGAAAUCCACUGAGAGUAACAUUUCGCUUCACCAUACAGGCUCUCUACUACUGAUUCCUUCAAAUGAUGCGCAAAUCACAUUACAACGCGUUGAAACGCGUUUUUGGUUUGGGAAAAAAGUGAUUAAUUAAGCGAUUAACGACUUCCUUGGAAAAUUUCGAACGCAUUCUAGUUCAGUUAGUAGUUACUCAUGAUGGCAUGGAUGAAACGCGUUCACAACCAGAAAGUGACAACACGGAAAAAUCUAAUGCUAGAGAUUCUCUUGAACUGUCGCAGAGACCAAUAUGUAUUUUAAUGAUAACGCCAACAGCAAUAGGCAAAAACGAAACAUCUAAUGAAGUUGAAAUCGGUACGGAAAAUGACGAUGACGACCUCUCGAACAUAAACCCAGCAAAGCUAGAAGAACAGCCAUCACUGGAAGAAAUAAUUAAUUCGUUUCAUGAUUUCAAAGUGACAUUAGAAAAGUCCGGAUCGAAUGAUUUUCACGUAUUUUCACAGAAACUGAACCGAAUAUUCACCAGCACGGACAAGUCCCUGACCUUCAACAUGGCGAUGAACCCUCACACGCCCCUCCUCGUCCGAAUUAUGCUGGUCUGUUCGAACCAAAUCUUUCAACCUCUAUCCCGAUGCUCGUACCACAUCAGAGGGGACAACACGACGUUUCGGGACCACGUGGUCACGCACAGGGAUUCCGCGGCCAGAUACGUCGGCACGGCAAACAGAAUCUACCAGCGGGAACGGUUGGCGAUUCUCGUUCCGAUAGAGGAAAUCGGCCAGAAGAGCAUUUCCCUGGAGUUUAAGUGUUUGAGUUCGUGUUACAAAAUCAGGAAAAUAGCGACGGCACUGGUGUUUACACUGGAAGACGAAAAUUCCAAUAGCGUUUUGGGUCGGCAAAUUUUCAACGUCCACGUGUCGAAAAACUACAUACGGGACAUGGAGGUGGCAGAGAGAAACGGUCCACAUAAGCGUAAUUUGUCGAAAUUAUUUCAAGAUGAAGCUGCUGGACCGUCGACCGGGAGAGACGCUUUAAUUGACUUGAGCGAAUUGAAGCUUUUGCUGCCACCAGAGAUGGCAGGUGAAUUUUUGGAAGUGAACCGGCAAUUUUUCAAGGCCAAGUUGUACAGUGCUCAGGAUGAUGCUAUAAAAAAUAGUCUAAAACUGUGUUUGGAAAAGGUUGAUAAGGUAAUGUGCAAUUUUAGUAAUAAAAGAAAAUUGAAGGAUAACACUGACGUGAUUUGAAGGGAGUACGGAUGUGAGUAAAAAAACCAAAUUCUAAAAAAAAUCAUAAUACAACAAAACAGCACAUAGAAUGUA